UCGCCUUCUUUCACAAAGAGUCGUGUGAUAAAAACAAGGCAACAUGUUUAAACCCAAGAAAACCCGUAAUGUCAGGAAAAGAAGACAUUCGUCUGACAGUGACAACUCAGAUGAAGAAGGAAAAGACGUUAUAUGUAAGUUGGAGGACAUCAAGGAGUUGCAGAAGAUGAGGAGGCAGAAUGGUGUCAGCGCCGCCAGCCUCGCCCUGGGUAAGAAGAUCGAGAAGACCGAGGAUGUUGAAGAUGCGGAUCCUUUCAAGAUGAAAACUGGAGGUUUUAUUGACAUGAAAACUCUGAAGAAAGUGCCAGUGACUGGUGAGGCUGCAGAGGCCAUUGGAACGGCAUUUGCUGCGGAAACAAACCGGAGAGACGAAGACACAGAGAUGUUGAAAUAUGUGGAGGAUGAGCUGGCCAAGAGGAAAGGGCGUGCAGUGAAGUCAGAGUCGAAGGAGGAUAAGAACAGGGCAGAGGAUUCCCUGUACCAACUGCCAGACCAUCUGAAGGUCAAGUCUGCCACAAAGAGGUCAGAGGAUAUGUUGUCCAAUCAGAUGCUGUCUGGCAUUCCAGAGAUAGACCUUGGCAUUGAAGCAAAGAUCCGUAACAUUGAAGCAACAGAGGAUGCGAAGGACAAGUUGAUUCAGGAAAAGAUGAAGAAAAAGGAGAACGAGGUGUCGGCCUUCGUACCGACAAACAUGGCUGUCAACUUUGUCCAACAUAACCGAUUCAACAUUGAUGACACGGCGCCGGUGUUGAAGAAGGUAGAGCAGCCGAUGAUCACACCACUCCGAGUGGGAGACGUGGACUCCCUCAACGCCACUCAUGGUUCCUCCAGCAAGUCCAGUCAGGAUGAGAAGGCCACCGAUGACUUCCACUACGAGAAGUUCAAGAAGCAGAUGAGGCGGUUCUGAUAACCUACCAGACAUGUUUCCAGACUGGACGUCUAUAAGCUUCACGAUAGAAGAAGGCCAUGGCUCCACAGCUGAGACGAUGCUACUCAAGGUUCAUGAAACGCCUUAAGGACUCAGAAUCUGAACACAUGUUAGAUUAUAACUUAAGAACAGUUUCUACUUGUUUGAAGAUGGUGUCAAUUACUUCAGGCAAGAGGGGCGGUGGGUAGCCUAGUGGUUAAAGUGUUCGCUCGAGUUUAUUUCCCCACACGGGUACAGUGUGUGAAGCCCAUUUCUGGUGUCCCCUGCCGUGAUAUUGCUGGAAUAUUGCUAAAAGCGGCAUAAAACCAUACUCACUCACUCACUUCAGGCAAGUGUCUGUGUUUUCCUUGAUGUUGUUUCAAACAAUUGAUCUGCAAGAAGCUGAGGAGAUGGUGGCAGCAGUCAUCACACUAACUGAAGACAUGUCUGCAUGUCAGAGCACAAAUAGUUUGAGAACCUGCGAAGAUCUGGGACUUCAGCAACCCAUUCUUGUUAGAAUAUUGAUCUUAAGUAACCCAUGCCCGCUGUAAUA